AUGACCACCUCAGCAAAAAACAGCAGCAAGCACAUCCAGGCUUCUCAGUAAGAAGCAGUUAUCCAAAUAGUAGAAAGAAAAUAGAAGGUUAAUCUGGUGGUUUCCCUGAAGCUGAAAGGAAGGAGCAGGGUUUUUCAGCUGGGUUAUAAUGUUGCAGGUGUAGUGGUUAGUUGAUUUGAGACAGGAGUGCAUCAUCUGUAUUUAACUCUGAAAGAUGACACUUCUUUACCCAUUGACAAAUUAUCUUCCAUAGAUAUUGAAAGGUUGAAGUAUUUCCUGGAUUUUUUUCAUCUAUCUGAAUCCCAACAACUCGAGGAACCCAAGAGUAAUCAGCAUAUUCCUGAAAGCAGUGAUCCAGUUUGCAGGAAGCACCAGGAGAUUGUUUGUGGAUCCUUGAAUACUCCAGAAGAACGUGGGACUCCACUCCCCAUGAAGAUGCCAGUUUCAGAGCCAAACUCCAGCAGCAGUCAUGUUGAAAAAGAGAGUGGAGAAACACAGAGCAAAAACAGGAAGAGAAAAUCAACAUGCACUGUUGAAGUGAAUGAGGACAUUCUUGAAGAAAAUAAUCCUGAAUCAGAAAAGAAAUCCAAGACCUAUAACUCCAGGAGUAAAAGAAGUGAAGAAAAACCAAUGGCUUUAAGAGAUCAGGAAAAGCUUGACAUUGGGAAACUUGAACCUUCAUUCAAUCCCAACACCUGCUUGGGUCCUAACCUAGAUAACAUUGUUCUUCCAGCACUAAUAUGGUCUGAAAGUGGAUUAAAGUUUAGCCAGGAGACCCAAAUAUAUACAUAUAAUGAAGUCCAGCCUCCUCUUGAGACUUACGCAAAGCAACUGAACCGUGAAGGCUUCCCCAAUUUGGGAAAUACCUGUUACAUGAAUUCCAUUUUACAAUCUGUCUUUGGGAUUCCAACCUUUGCAAAGGACUUGCUCACACAAGGUAUCCCAUGGGAGAAAGUUUCAGAUGGUGAUCUUAUCAAGCUCUUAAGGCAACUGCUUUCCUUGAAAGAUAUGGAGGAUAUAGAGAUCAAAGGAAUGUUACUCAUGGAUGUGAAGAAAUCCAUUUCGAUGGUUGCAAAAACAUUCUUGGGCAAUGAACAGAAUGAUGCCCUUGAAUUUCUAAGUCACUGUUUAGACCAGUUGAAAGUGAAUAUGGAAAAACUGAAUACCACGUGGAUCACUGAGAAGGAUAAUGAAGCUGAGAGAUCAUCUCCAUCAACAUGUGCUGGGACUGCCAUCCCCAAAAGGUUUGUUUGUCCUGUCAGUGCUAAUUUUGAGUUAGAGCUGCAGAGCUCUAUUGUUUGUGAAGCCUGUGGUGAGGCUACUCUCAACACUGAAGUGAAUAAUUACCUCUCUGUUGACCUGCACCAAGGGAUAAGAGAAGAGCCUCUGUCUAUUCAAAAGUCUCUUGAUCUUUUCUUUACACCAGAAAAUAUUGAGCAUAAUUGUGCGAAGUGCAAGAACAAGAAUUCUGUUCUCAAGUACACUUUGAAGAGGCUCCCCAGGGUCCUCAUUGUUCAUCUGAAACGCUACCACUUGACCGCUGAUGGGUUGUUGGUGAAGAGUCAACAGCCAGUUGAGAUUUCUCAGUAUCUAAAUGUAUCUUCCCACUACAAUGAAAACAAGAAACCACCAUUUCCCUUGACUGAUAAGGUCCCACUUGAUGCCUGUGAUGUCCCAAAUGUCCCUGAAGGGAUGAUGCCUCUCAGCCAGUCAAUACCAUCUAGUAAUGUGAAGAACUAUGAGAAAAUUAAUGCAGAUGGAAUGUCAGAUCAUCACACUACCACUAAGGUUGUCAGUUAUUGUGAUCUUAAUGAAGAAAAGAUUCUUGAAGGAUCUCAAAAAAUGGCGGAACAGCUGCUCCCUAAUUAUGGGAAUAGAUUCCACAAGGAAUUCCUUACUCAGGCAUCACCUCAAAGUGUUGGGGGUGCUCAGGAGGAUACAGAGAAGGAUCUGAAUAAAUCUUCAGAAUUGAGAGAUCAGAAAGAUGAUGAAAAUUCCCUUGGUGCUUCAGAGAAUCCUAGAAAUAACAAUGUUCCAGGAAGUUACAACACAGUAGAUGCUGUUGAUGAGUCAAAAAAUGUGGUAUUGGGAGAUGAUCCUCAGAUUUACAGACUUGUCAGUCUUGUCAGCCAUGUUGGGAGCUCCCAAGAUUCAGGUCAUUAUGUAAGCAAUGUGUAUGACUUUCAAAAGCAAGCAUGGCUCCUGUACAGUGAUGUCCAAGUAUUUGAGAUUCCAGAGGCCUUGAUUGAGGAGACUGAUCUUCACACUGGAUACAUUUUUUUUUACAUGCAAAAUGAGCUUUUUGCGUGGCUGUUGAAAAAGCCAUUAGAGUGCUAA